AUGACGGUAGCUGGUGCUGCGCACGGCGGCGACAGCCACGCGCACGACGGUCACCGCGGUCACGAUGGAGCCGCCACAGCCCCGUACGAGAAAAUCAAGGCGCCGUCGAUGGCGUCAGAAGACUAUCUCGAUAACUUGCCGGCUUUCGACACGAAAAAGCCCAUGCCAAAGCCGCGCAGCGCAGUGGAGCGCUUCACGCGCGUGCUGCAGAUGCAAUUUGGCCAGGACCCUGACAUGCCCACCCUCGGCUACAACACUGAGCGCAAGUACCACAGUCUCCUUGACUACCUGGCUAGUCCCAUAACGCCGCUGCGUCCGCGUACGUACGUGGACUCUCACACGCGUCCAAAUCCAUGCCCGGAGGAAUACUGGUGGGCGUCGUGGCGGUGGCCUCGCACAAAGUACGUCAAUGCCAAGGUGCCGCCGCCGGUGGAUGGUAAGUACACUGACUACUACCACUACUUAGCGUUCAAGAACUGGCUAGAGCGGGAGCGUGAUGUGUACGUGGCACAUGCCAACUUGGUACACGAGAUGACGUCACGCUGCCUCGUCAAGGAGGGGCAGUACAACGCCGCCAAGAACUGCCGCCACCUGUACCACAAGGGGUUCGCCAUGUCGCGUAUGGAGGAGUUCAAUCAGGCGAUGCUGUAUAUGGCCAUGACGGGUAACGCUGCGAUCCGUGAGACGCCGUACCCGGAGAACUUUGUAGAAGAGAAGCGCAAGAUCUACGACGACUGGCUGUACCGCACUCGCAUGCGCAAGCCUGGUGAUGCGGCGUAG